GACUUGACCACAGAGCAAUGAUAUGACGAUGUAACAAUUAGACUAAGAAUCUGACUGAAGACCCCAAAGGACGGCGCGAUGGCUAGUCGACUACCCGUCGAGGUUGUUGCCCAUAUGAUGCGCUUCCUGAGUGUUUCGGAUAGGAAAGAGGCUGCAUUGGUUAAUAGAAGUUGGUAUGAAGCGUCUCUGGAUCCGAUCCUCCAAGAUGACAUUGUUCUACACUUCCACGCCCUAACAUCUAAUGAGAGAACACCUCACCUCACAAGACGCAACCUACCUCAUCUCAUUGUUGACGAGUUUGACAACUCACUGAGCUCUAAGAUUGUGCUACUGAAGUCAUGUGAGCAGCUGAGCCAAUCAUUGCAGAGUCUUUCUCUGAAGUCAAGUAAUAUCACAGAAAGUACAUUUGUAGAGUUGUUAUCCCAUUGUACUAAUCUGGUUAGCCUGAAUCUGAGCUGCUGUAAUUCACUUUUCAUGUCAGGAAACCUACUGGAGAUGAAUGGAGAUAUGCAGAAACUUAGAUCUGUAUUAGGUUCUGUGCAGCACCUUGAUUUGUCUGCCAUUCGGUACCUCUCAGAUUCUACCUUCAAUCGCAUUGUGACAGUUUGCCCUAAUUUAACAUCUUUGUCUCUGGGAUCAGUACAGAUAACCUUUAAUAGCGCAUCCUAUGUUCCCCGGGGCAGGACAAUAUGUGCCAAUAGCGCUUUGUUGACAUUUGACAAUAUUCUUGAGUACCUGAAACUUCAAAGCCCAAAAAUGAAAACAUUGAAUUUGAGCAGGACAGCAUUAACAGAUUGUGCGUUAGAGGCUCUUGUAAGUCUGGACAAUUUCCAAUUAGAGGAAUUAGUUCUUGUCUGCUGCAAAGAUAUUUCUGAUUCAGGAAUUUCUAUCAUAUGUAAGCAUCAGCCAAAGUUGAAGACAAUUGACUUGAAGGGAUGUUUGGAUCUCACAGAUGGGGCUUUAAACCUGGUGUGUAAAAAGCUGAUGGUUAUGGAGAGCUUGAAGCUGGGAAAAUGCAGAAGAAUUUCCGACCAUUCCAUAAAGCAGUUGAAACAUCUGCCAUGUCUAGAGCUGGUAGACCUUUCUGAGAACUACCUUGUGACCUCCCAUGGACUUAUAGAAGGCCUUUGUGGUAAUAUCAAUAUUCCACUUGCGCAUCUCAACCUUAACUGUUGCCCCAGCGUCUCUGACAGUUUCAUCCUAUCUAUGUGUAAAGUAGUCACAAACCUUGUGCAUCUUGAUCUAGGGUCCUGCUUUCCUCUCACCGAUCUCAGCAUGAUCACCAUCUCAAAACAUUUAAAACAUUUAAGAUACCUACGACUGGCUUGGUGUAAAGAGAUCACAGACUUGGGCCUAUUGGGAUAUGAGAGUACAGAUGGUGGGUCGAGGGAUCCAAAUGAGCACAACGAUCAUGGAAAAUGCAAAUGUACACGGAAAUACAAUAGCACUGAAAUAUUCCGUAAACCUACUGGUGAUAAACAUACAAAAAGUGUGCCUGGGGAAAUUGAAAAACUGGUGUCCAGACAUGAGGAAGUUUGUUCCCUGAAAAACCUUUCAAUCCUUCGUGAACUGGAUUUGUCUGCAUGUUCCAAAAUAACAGACGUUGGAUUAACACAAGUUGUCAAGUUCAAAGAACUACGGUCACUGAACUUGAGUAUGGUUCAGAUAACAGACUUGACUGUGCACUCUGUCACCUCCCACAAUCCAAGUCUGGAGAACCUAAGCUUAGCUCAGUGUGCGGCACUGACUGAUGAUGCUAUCGAAUGUGUAGCUAAGCGUCUACCCAGAUUGACAACUCUAGACAUUUCCAACUGUGAUAAAUUGACCAAUAAAAGUAUAAAGUUUCUGAAAGACCAUACAAAAAGACUGCGUACACUGGAUGUGUCCUUCUGUGAGAACAUAUCCGUUUCUGCUGUUGACGAUUUGGAGACCAGUCGAAACUUAAUGAAUGUGCAUAAAAGACUGCUUGGUGGAAGCUUUUGAUGGCAGGUUCAGUGUUAGUGAAUGGAGAAACACAGACCAAGGUAUUAUUUUAGGUUGAAGAUGGAAACUCCAAUAAGUAUUAUAUAAUGAUGGGAGAUGUAGGUUAACCUCUGACAAGGUAUUAUCUGUCGGAAAAAUCCACCUACAUUUUGUGCGUAGGGAAUAUGUGUGAACUCCACUUAAGGCAGUAAGUGUGGGGAAGGUCUAUCAUAGAUUCCAACAAUCUGUUUUAAGUACAAUCAUGCUAGCGCACUAAUUAUUUCUUGUGAUUGUCUUUUUUUAUUUAUAUGUUUGAGUACUGAUGGUUGUGUUUAAAAGUGGAGAGAAUAUAGAUUGUCUGGCUAGCUCAUGCUAAUGAGAACUUUCCUUUAGUCAAGAAUUUCCCCUAAGAGGGAGAAAGAGAGAGGCCAUGAUCAGUAGUUUGAGGCCCAGCAUAGACAGGGUAAUUUUCAUUAUACAUGUACAUUCUUUUAACAGAUUUGGAAAAAUUGUACAGUACAUACAAGCUUAAGCCUAGGUAAGGAAAACAAAUUUGUCUUCAUAUAUUUCAUCUGAAACUAUUUCUGUUAAUAGCAGCAUUAUUCAAAUACUAUCAUUUUGAAAGUACUGUACAUAUUAAGGGGCAAUCUUCAGGGAAGUGCACAAGGAUAUAAUGUGAAAGUUAUUUUUGAAGUUCAUUGUUGAUACACCAUAAUAUUAUUCUAGCUUAAGUUACCCUGUUUAGACCCAGAGGUAGGGUCUGACCCAGAUUUUUUGUGGGAUUGAUCCAAAAUACUCUGCUGAUGUGAGGUUGUUGAUUAGAAAUUCAGGACCAAGUCCGAUUUUAUGAAAGGGUACAUAUUUAUUUAGUUUAUAUUAACUGCACUAUACUUAUUGCUGUGUUUGUGAUUAAGUUUUCCAUUGUGUUUUAGUGUUACCAGCUGGUAAUAUAACUUACUUUUACACUUGUUUCUGUACAUGUAUAUACAAUUGGGACAAUCUUAAGUAUAUAUGCUAUUUAUAUUCCAAUGCAUACAUACUUUAUAUGAAUGUUACAAUGUUAUCUUAUAAGGAACUAUAAUUCUGUGAAAGCAUCAGUAUUAUAAAAUCUUAUGCAGUAUAAAAUAACUACAUAUUCUGGUAUUUUAAACAUUGAUUUAGUUUUUUAUGUUGUAUUUUUGGUUACUAAUGAUGUUAAGCCAUUCAAGUGUUUGCCAUUCUAUUCAUCAAAUAGAACUGCUAUGAUAUUAUACAAACAUGUGCUGUGUAGUAUAUAGUUUGACAUUAUUUACCUGUAAUUUUUCUCCUUAUGACACAUUGUGUUAUGAUGCGUGCUGCAUGUGGCUUCAAUCACUAACAUGCAUGCUAAUAUUAAUUUAUAGAAUGAUUUAUUACCAGUGAAUGUGUAAAAACCUCAAAUUUAGUAUUUACUUUAUCUAGGAAAUUAGUAACUCUUUGCCAUGAGUGUUUAUUAAAUAAGUUUGUUUUUAGCUCACAAUUAUUGGGAUAAUUUGUUGUCAGCUAUUAAAUUCCACAUUGAAUUAUUAGACUGAUUGGAACAAGAUAGCUGAUAUAGUGGCCAUUAUGGACUUUAGCUUUUGAAGUUUGUUGUCACUUUUCUCUCAAAGAAUGCUUAAAUUUUUUUCCCUCAUAGUUCAUGCAGUACUGUACUGCAGUACAAUAUUGCUGUAGUAACACAACACCAGUACUUUUGUAGUGUAUACAACAUCUGCCCUGUUCAGUAUGUAAUGUAUACAACACAUGUACUGUUGUAGUGUAUACAACACAUGUACUGUUGUAGUGUAUACAACACCUGUACUGGUGUAGUGUAUACAACACCUGUCCUUUUGUAGUGUAUACAACACCUGUCCUUUUGUAGUGUAUACAACACCUGUCAUAUUGUAGUGUAUACAACACCUGUAAUGUUGUAGUGUAUACAACACAUGUACUGUUGUAGUGUAUACAACACCUGUACUGUUGUAGUGUAUACAACACCUGUACUGUUGUAGUGUAUACAACACCUGUACUGUUGUAGUGUAUACAACACCUGUACUGUUGUAGUGUAUACAACACCUGUACUGCUGUAGCGUAUACACCACCUGUCCUUUUGUAGUGUAUACACCACCUGUACUGUUGUAGUGUAUACAACACCUGUCCUGUUGUAGCGUAUACAACACCUGUACUGCUGUAGUGUAUACAACACCUGUACUGCUGUAGCGUAUACAACAUCUGUCCUGUUCAGUAUGUAGUGUAUACAACACCUGUCCUGUUCAGUAUGUAGUGUAUACAACACCUGUAAUGGUGUAGUGUAUACACCACCUGUACUGUUGUAGUGUAUACAACACCUGUAAUGGUGUAGUGUAUACACCACCUGUACUGUUGUAGUGUAUACAACACCUGUAAUGGUGUAGUGUAUACACCACCU